CCCUUCAAAGCUUAAAGAAAGGAGAGAUUACCACAACCUUGCCGUAGCUCGCAGCCACGGAGCACAGUGCACAGAAUAGUCAUGUAACUAUAACCAGUGGCAUCUCCCUCGUCAACGCAAGCACGAAAAAAGAGUCUUAAGAACUUUGCUUGCCAUGCCCAAGUCCAGGAAGGCAUGGCAGGGACUGUCGGCCAGGGAGGGCUCAUGGCGUCUCCUGCAGUGGCUGAUCAUGCCCUGGUCGAUGGGCAUCCUGACCUCCCUCACGCUGCUCUUUGUCGUCACCGCCGCAGGCGGGUCUUCCAGCAGUCCCCCAGGAAUCAACUGGAGCCAGUGGUGGACGUACGACGGGAUCUCCGGCCCUCGCUUCUGGGGCGUCAUCAACCCGGCCUGGGGGAUGUGCCGCGAAGGGCGCCGUCAGUCCCCCAUCAACGUGGAUCCCAAGACGCUUCUCUUCGAUCCGAAUCUCACUCCAUUUACAUUGGAUAAGGUCACGGUGGCGGGCGAACUCAUCAACACAGGACACAGCGUGGAGUGGAGGGCCGCCCGCGAGUCCGUGAUGGUGAAUAUCACGGGCGGCCCCCUCAGCUACGUCUACACCGUCACCCACGCCCGCCUGCACUUCGGUGAGCGAGAUCAGCAGGGUUCUGAACACCUGCUGGACAACAGAGCCUUCCCUGCUGAGUUGCAGCUGUAUGGAUAUAACUCGCAGCUGUACAGAAACUUCAGCCAGGCUUCAGGGCAGGUCUAUGGAGUAGUGGGUAUUGCUCUGCUUGUUCAGCUUGGGGAGCGCAUGACGCCAGAGUUCAGAGUGCUCCUGGAGGGCGUAGACUCCAUCACGUACGGAGGAUCGUCAGUAGCAGCCGCGUCCCUGGUGGUGAGCGGCCUCCUGCCCUCGACGGAACACUAUCUCACCUACGAAGGUUCCCUCACCGAGCCCGCCUGCCACGAGACAGUCACCUGGAUUAUCCCCAACAAGCCCCUCUAUAUCAACGUCGCCAUGAUGAGGCAACUGCGGGCGCUGAGACAAGGGAACUCCACUUUAGCCAAUGCUCCCGUAGCUAAUAAUUUUCGACCCAUCCAGACAGCGCAUCACCGAACCAUACGGACCAAUAUUCACUUCACGCACGACAAGCAGGACGACCGCUGCAGAAUAACCAACCCAACCAUCGUCUACAAAGCUGGAUCUUGGCUGGGGUCAUGAUGACAAAGUUUUAUGACCCUUGGCUGCUAGAUGUUGUCGUCCAGCCUCGGCCAGAGCACCGUCCUCGUUCAGAUUUGUGCAACAGCAAAGUCAACUUCCACCAGAACCUUCGUCUACUCUUCCCCCAUGAUCUUAUCUCUGUCUCUCUCUCUCUCCCUUUUUAUCUUUUUUUUUUCUUUCUUUCUUUUAUGAAGGCGUCUGAUAUCUUCAUCCCGGCAACUGUCGGCCUUUUUAUCAGUCGGGUCGUGAUUCAAAGCCUCCCCCUGUCUCUGUCUCUAUCUCUUUCUUCUUCUCCUUCCCUUUAUCUUCUUCUGUCACAGUCCCUUUAUCUUUGCUACCUUGUCUUUCCUCUUUCAUUGUCGAACAAAAGGAGAAAAGGGAGUUGUUUCUUUUAUCAAGAGUAAAGAAGUCGAAGUUUUUUUGUUUUUUUCAACUUCAUUGGAACUAGUUUUUCGUUCGUCGAUUUUUAGUGUUGUCAUCUUAUAGUUUAUAAAUCUAAAAUCUAGUUCAACAGCGAGUGUCCUUGUCUAACCCAUCUCGGAUAAGAGUCGAAUGUUCAUAUUCUCCUCACUCCUCACUUACAAAACGCAAAAAUAAGAUUCCAUCAAAACGACCACCUUUUUUUCUCGUACUGAGGAGGGAGUGCGCAGCUCCUCACUUUUACGCCCCUCCAAAGUUGAGAACCUGCGAACAAUGUCCCUAUUUACCACUUCUUAGACAAAAGUUCUUUCUCGAGGACGAAACAUACAACAUCCACUCUCUGCCACCCACUCUCGUACUCACUUCCCGCCCUCCCGUCAUGUACUCACACACACUUCCCAGAUACUUCAAGGAUAAUAACACCUCGACGCCAUGUUGAGUAGAUCUGUCAUCUCCCAGGCACACUACACUCUGUCCCCUUCGCUGCUCUCCCAUUUACCUCUGUCCAUGAUCUCCGCUUAGUUAUAUUUCCUGUGUAAUAUUGUGUAUUUCUUCUCCAUCAUUUGUAGAAGCGUUACUGAAACAAGAAAACGAAUAUAUAUAGCAUCUAGGAGAAAUAAAGACACACUCACACCGGGCACCAGCCGAGAAUCCUAUCUUCCACACGGUGAUGAUAACAAAUAAGUGAGUAAAUGAAAACCAUUUGGAUCAUUCAGACAGGGCUUCUUCCUUGUUAUACGAAUGAGCAUUUUCAAGAGAAUAAUAAGCUGCUGUGUCCCUUGUUAAUACGAGGGAAGUGGAUGUAAAUAGUUUUGUAUUAAGACUGUAGGAUCCGUGCCUCAUUGAUAGGGAACGAUCACUUAGUCCCGCUGGUCUAGACGGCAAAGUGGCUUCGCUGUGGUGCGGAAGAAAUGCGGAAGAGGAAGGAGGUGGAGGUAAGCGAUGCAUACAAAAUAGAUACAGAAGAGUGGGUUUAUAUGAGAGAGAGAGAGAGAGAGAGAGAGAGAGAGAGAGAGAGAGAGAGAGAGAGAGAGAGAGAGAGAGAGAGAGAGAGAGAGAGAGAGAGUGAGAGAGCCAUAUCCUCUUUUUUGAUACGAACCGUCCUAACAAAUCCCUUGAAAUGGAAGAAGAUGAAAAUGAAGAAAUAAAACACAAUACUGAAAAAAAAAAAAAACAGCUGCAAACAUUUCCGUGUGAAAUUAGCCUCCCCCUCUUAGACGGAAACUCAAAUCGAGAUCCGAAAAGAAGUCAAUUGAGUUCAAUUAAAAGCAAUUACUAAGCGAGGACUCCCCCCCCCCCCCCCCGAACACGCGCGCGCACCGCCUCUCUUCGCAACCACCACGCCGAAGCCCAUGCCAGCAGAGAGGACUGUGAGAGGAGGAAGUGGACGACGGUUGACCCCCCCCCCCCCCCCAUUCCACCCAUCCACCCAUCUCCCUUCCACCCAAAUAUCUCUUCAUCAUUCCACCUCCUGAGCGGGGUCGAAGCAAUGACGUGGGUGAGAAUGAAUACCUUUACAAAGCAAUAGAUAUGAUUUCGAUGUGUUCGGAUGUUACUUAACACGUGAAAUGCUGUGUUUAAGUUUCUCAUUCAUAUUUUUUUUUUCUCUUCUUUUGUCAUAAAACUCUUCGUUCAACCUCCAGGGCCCCAACCUCCGCCCACCCCCCCUCCUCCUCUCGCGCGUCCGCCAACAUACCCAUAUCAUACAACAUAUCUGAGAAGUUUUUAUGAUUAUUAUUUUGUAAAAGUACAUCUUUAGACGCCUGUAGUGGCGGCGUCGUAAUCAGCUGUGUCGCUCGAGGCUCCUGGUGGGUCCCCCCCCCCCCCCCUGACCUUCACUCUGGCCCGGCCGCGUGUCUGUCUGUAAAUGGAA